AUUAUCAUCCCUGGUAAUGGAAUGUGAUUGCAGGGGCGGUGUCAUUCCAAGCUGCCCCCAGUCCCUCAGGGACAGGGUGGAGCCAGGCCUUGGUCCCAAGUGUCAGAAUCAAAGUCCAGAGCUGCCCACCUGGAGGUAGGCGGGGCUCUCACCUAAUGAAGGGGCUCUCAUGAUCUGGCCCGGGGAGCCCUAAGCAGAUGAUUGGCCAUUUUCUCCGCUGACCCGAUGCACGGAUGCCGUGGCCAUUGGGUUCAUGGGGCGUCUGCUCCGGGCCUGGCGAGGGCUGGAAACCUGACCAGGUGUCCCACGCAGACUCGGCUCUGCUGGGAGCCAGAGGCGUCCUCUCUCAGGUGAGACCCUGCAUCUGGGGGAAUGUGCCUUCCCAGGAAGACACAUCAAAUCUGGGCUAAAGGAUGAUUAGAAACGGCUAGACUCUGCCUUCUGUGGCUCAGGGGAAGACCCUGAACUUGAACUUGGGAAAGGAGCCACGACCAAAGUUGUCUGGGCCUCAGGCCUUUCUCAGAAUGAGAUGGUCCUCCCUGCAGGGAGUUGCCCGUGUGCACGUGCACCCGGCUGGUCCCCCGGGGAGAGGAGCCCCUUUUGCACCCGGAGCGCCUCCAGUCCCAGGUUAAGCAGCCUCUCUCAGCCCCUGCCUGGCUGUCCCCCUCCCAGGGCACCGUGCACAAAGGGGGUUCGAAGCAGGACAAUUCCAGCUGAGGAUCAAGCUUUUUCUGUCCUAAGAGGAACCAAGAAAUGUCUCUGCAAAAGGAGAAGUGUGUCGCCGUGGCCCCGGAUGAAUACCCCACCUCUGUCCCCACUUGAGCCCCCGUUCACUGGAAAGCCACAAACAUUCCAAGCCCUGACUUCCACAGAAUCAUCUCAAGUUCUUCGAACUCCACUGGUCCAGGGAAGGAUGGGAGGAAGCGCUGACGGGCGGGGCCAGAUCCCAGCGAGGUUAAAUAGGUCACCUCCGCCCUGGGCGCCCAUCCCGUCUCCCCGGGCUGAGGGACCGCACGCAGAGGCCUUCUCUGGGCUCCAGCACCAUGACCCCAUGGAAGACGCUGCUCCUGCUCACCCUCCUCCUGGGGGCUUCCUUGCAGGUCGCCCGUGCAGCUCGAGGGAUCAACGUGGGCCGGGAGUGCUGCGUGGAGUACUUCAAAGGGGCCAUCCCUGUGCGGAGGGUGGUGCGGUGGUACCGGACCUCGGAGGAGUGUCCCAGGGCUGCUGUCGUGUUUGUAACUGUCCAGGGCAGGUCCAUCUGUGCGAACCCCAAGGAAACCACGGUGAAGAAGGCGAUCAAAUACUUGCGAACCAUCAUGAAGUCACAUGACCCCAGGGUCCAGGAGUCCUGAUUUCUCCCUGGACCAGUGGAAACUUCCGGUGCCUCAGUGUUCACUACCCCAACCCCCCAGCGGCCUGGGUCCAGUGGGGGCCGCCCAGGGACCGCAUACCAUCCCUUUCCCAACUGGAACCGAGGCAUGAAAGGCCCCCAUUAAAGUCUUUC